AUGCCUGGAUACUCUGUGGACGAAGGGUACCCUUCGCCCAAAAAGAAAAUUGGGAGCGCCAGAACGUCAAAGAAGUCCAAGAGGAGGAACGCUAUCCGCUAUGUGGAGUGGUCGGGGGAGCAGGAAUCCGUUAAAUCAAGUCCUACGGAGGUCCAGCAGCAGGCUCAAGACGUUGCGGGUGAAGAUGAGGCCAGUCCUGAAUUUGCUGGAGAGGGAAUGAUUCCUGUAGCCUUUGAAAAUGCUUUGGAAACUCCCACCUCUCUGGACCACCAAAUGACGGACGCAUCCCCUGACAGCCCUGCAACCGCUCCCCAAACCCCCUCCCCUCCUGAGGAUCAACACGAGGAUGCUGCCCCUCCGCAGUUACAUUCACCUACGACUAGCGAACACACGGAAGAAAUCUAUGAAAUUCAACGGGCCCAAGAAGAGCAAAAGGCUGACGAAUGGCCAUCAGAGAACAUGCGUCCAAAUGCGCAGAACCUGCGAUAUGGGGGCUACCCCGCGCAACCAGCACCCCAGAAUCGAAACACGCCAUUAGGCUCGGGAAGAUUGCAAAAUACUACAAAACUAGGUAAUGGCACGAACUGGGGUUUUGGAGCACCUGCAAAUGGCGCGCCAGGACUACCCAGCGUCCAACCGAGCCAGACAGGCGUAGCCACAUCAAGCUUUGCGCAGAGAAUCGGUGGUUCUCAACCCGCGGCACCUCUAGACUUAUCCGAAUUUCCUUCUUUAUCUGGCACAUCUCAACCUCAAUACCAAAACACAAGCCAAGCUAUAUGGGCAAAUCAACGAGUCGCUCAACAGACUCCUGUCCAGCGUCCGCAACAAUCACAUCCAGUAAGCUCGCAAGCACAGCAACAGCAUCAGCCAAAUCAGCAAAGUCAGGAUCAGUCUCAGAGAGGGAAUGAUGACAUGUACUCUGCGUCAUCCAAUUUGCAAAAUUCGCUGGAUGAUCAUCGCUACGGUGGCCAGAGUGGAAUUGGUCAAAUGCCGGUAUCUCGCCAGCCUCAGCCAACUAGUGUCGAUGACUUUCCGCCUCUGGGUAGAAAUGGUACCGAUGAAAGCGAUAGCGAUCGAAGGAACCUGAUGCAGAAUGCAGGUUUCGGCGGAUUCUCAAACGCCAACACUUUCUCAUUGCCGCAAGAUCAGAUACAAACACGCCACGGCUUACCAAGCGCCUCAAGCAGUCAAGCGAACAACACACGAUCUUCCUCGAUGGUGGAAAGACUUACGUCCCCCAAUGGCGUGGGGUUUGGAGCAUCUUCCACUGGACGGUCACCGAUCGAGUCGAAUCGUCAAGGCCAAGCUGGGAUGCAGGACCAUGACAGAAAUAUUAUAUCGACAACGCAGGGCAAUACUCGGAACGAGCACGCUUUGAAUGCGUUACUAACCAGUUUCAACGAUUCACAAUUCCCACCUCAACGGCAGACAAGCCAGCCGCAGCAGCCCCCGCAGGGCCGGCAAGAUUAUGGGGCUAGGACAGGCGACUCAUCUCGAUCGAACCAUACGCCAGAUCGAACACCAUUAUCACAGAUGAGUGCAAUUGAUGAAUUUGGCCUACCAGGGUUUCUGAGCACAAUCAGCAAUGAUCAUCCAGAGGUCUCUUAUCUCGCGAGAGGUCAGGACUUGACCACUCUUGGCCUCAAUCUUAAUUCUGCAGAACCUCUUUAUCCCACUUUCGCCGGACCUUUCGCGGAUCCAGGCUCAAGACCGAUGCAGCCAGACUUCCGAUUACCCGAAUGUUACACUGUCGACAACAUCCACCAUGUGAGGGAGAAAAUACCACACUUUUCCGAUGAGACACUCUUUUGGAUUUUCUACACCCAACCGCGAGACAUCAUACAGGAAUUUGCUGCCACUGAACUAACGAACCGCAAUUGGAGGUUCCAUACCGACCUCAAAAUGUGGCUCACGAAAGACAUCACUCUACCUGAGCCGAUACAGAUGAGUGUCGAGAAGGAGCAAGGGAGCUACGUGUUCUUCAAUCAAAUGGCGUGGGAGAAGGUCAGGGUAUCAAACUUUGAGCUACAGUAUAAGCAACUGGCACCUAGCUUGUCGCGUCCGAAUGGUCCAUGA